GGGGUUUCUGUUAUGUUUAAUAAGGAGCCCACCCUUCUGUAAAGGAAUCAGCACCCACUGAGCCAGCAUCUGACGAGAGUGGGGGGAGAUGUAUAGGACACAGCUAAGGAGGGUGUAAAGCAGGAGUAGUGAUGUGGCCGUGUGUGGGGCGAUGCUGAGUGCAUGUUCCAAGCCACGUAUUUUUAGCUCUACCACACGCUCACGUAGGGUUUUACAAACUUCCCAGAAAAAUGGUGAUUUCCCUGCGAUACUGAAGGGGAGUUGAUGGAAACUCAUUCAGGAAAGGAGUACUUCUCUGCUGAGGUAAAGCAAAAGCUGAGGAGGGUUUUGCCAGUGUGCAGCAGGGAGAAGGAGCAGCGAGGACAACUAGAUGCGAUCUACAAUGAGAGGUACCUGAAACCUUCCCUGGUGUGAGGGGAGAUGGAGAUGAGAAAGACCCAAGAUUCUACAUCCUGACAGCUGCCUGUGGCAUCGGGACUUGCUGCUCAUUAAAGAAAAGUGAGGAUAAACUCAGCUAAAGAGGCAGAGAAGCUUGACUUGGGAAAACUUUACCUGUUCCUCAUGGACCUGGGUACAUCCCCAGAUUCUUUGCUUCUCCCUGUUUUAAUGAUACAAGACAUUUGUUUUCCCUUUAGAAGGCUGAGCGCUUGGCUGUGAUGCUUUCAGCCUCCUCAGGAGAGCAGUGGCUGUAGCAACCUUGGAUUACAGUUCCUCAGCAUCUUAGAAGGAAAGGAUGAGGACUUGUCACUGAGGAAAGGGAAGUACCGCUCAGGAGAGAAUGGACAGAACAACUGCAACCCUGCUUUGAGCUGAACACAGUGCUUCAAAUGAUAGCAAGUGAAGUCUCCUGUUGAAGAGCAACAACCUAACAACCCCCCUAAUGAGUCUGUGUUGUCAGCUCCGGCCUGACCAACUCUUGCCCUGAGCAAUUUGACUUCUCUGGGUUUCAUAGUUGAGUGCGUUUUAAACGAGUCUGAAGACUUAUUGGGGGCGAGGGGGGAGCGCCACUGCAAGGUGGGUGGCAGGACUUUCCAGGGCCUCUCGUAUUUAUGUAAGCCUCGGGAGGCUGAAUGGACUUACCUCUUGCUUCGAGUGAAUCCAGAUUUCCCAAACAAGUUUAUCUAUACCAUUUCCAUGUGUCCUGCUUGAGCAGAGAUCGCUCCAGCAACCAGCGCAUCCGGGCGUGCUGCUCCUUUGACACUGCAGAGCCCGGAGGAUCAUCUUUAAUACUCCUGACCCUUUUAGUUGUGUUUUAGAGAGCAGCCUUGGGUCUAUUCCUAUUGCUGGUGGUGAAGGGUUUUGUGCUUGGAGAGUGCCCUUCCUGCCUUGGCCCCUCCCUUUCCAAAAUGAAGGGGUGCACCUGGGUAUUUGUGGCAACUUUACUUUGUCAGCAGUUUUGCCUCUUCAGAGUUACAGCAGCAAAGAGAGAACGGAAGAUGAAGAAAGAGCCUAAUCAGUACACAGAGCCCUUCAAUGCCACCCUCUCCAACAGCGAGGAGCUGCACGGGCAUCCCAAGAUCCUAGAAUCUCCAGAUCCUCGAAUCACAGACCCACGACGGACCUGGAUCUCCUUUGUUCACCGCCCAGAUGAUGGCAACAACUCUAAAAGGAAAUGCAAAGGCAAAGACAAGAAACUACGUGGCCUUGUUGGGCCCCCAGGACCUCCUGGUCCCCAGGGGCCUCCAGGAGCACCUGGUGCUGAAGUCACCCGGGAAGUCCUUCUGCAGGAGUUUAAGGAGAUACUGAAAGAAGCCAUUGAGCGCCGAGCAUCCCUGGCUAUUUCAGCCCAUCCCAGCCAGCUGCCUCCCCUCCUGCUCUCCUUGGAGGAAGUUUCAGCCCACAGACGUGUCGAGGAGGCAUUCCACUGCAAGCUAAAAGGCCAAGUCGUUGUAGACAAGAAGACCCUGGUGGAACUUCAGAAUUUCCAGUCGCCUCUGGCCAAAGGCGCUUUCCUCCGGGGGACAGGAUUGAACCUGGCAACAGGGCGUUUCACAGCACCCGUGUCCGGCAUCUACCAGUUUUCAGCCAACAUCCAUGUUGAUCACAGUGAGCUCAAGAGUAAAGUCCAGCUCCGAGCCAGAGACAACGUCCGAGUGCUGAUCUGCAUCGAAUCCUUGUGCCACCGAUACACGUCUUUGGAAGUCAUUGCUGGUCUGGAAAGCAACAGCAAGAUCUUCACUAUCUAUGUCCAUGGCUUACUGCAGCUGCAGGCUGGCCAGUACACCUCCAUAUUUGUGGACAACAGUGCUGGAGCCCCCAUCACCAUCCAGAAUGGAUCUGAUUUCAUGGGCAUGUUAAUGGGUGCAUAGCAUCAUCUGCAGCAGGGAAGGAUAUGCAUUAGAGCCUUGCAGUGUAUAUUGGACUGAAGAAACCUUUACUUUGCCUCUUGAAGACUGCUUCCUGUUGGCAUCCUUUUAACCAGGCAAAGAGCCUUUCCCUUCACAGCUACUUCAAGCUUGCUUUCGGAGGCUACUGCUUUUCAAGGUCCACACCAGUUCAUUCAUCAUAAAGAAUACACUUUUAUCAUUCAGAACUGAACUCUGUGAUAUUUAAUUUGUGCUUCACCAGAUGCUCACUGAACAAUAGGCUGAGGUUUGGCAUUUGUUACGUUAGAACACAAUAGCACUUGUAAUCAGUGUGUCUUUUGGGAUUGACUGUGGGGUGCUUGGGUUUGUAAAUGAAGGAUUGAGAGGGGAAGUAAAACAGUGACUAUAUUCUAUGUGUUGGGGAGGAAGGAGACAAGGGUUUGCCAGCAAAACUGCUUUUUACACUCAGCUGUAAAUGGUACAAGCCCUCUCUCGUGUUCAGAAUUGGAUGUAUUGACAAGUAGUAUGUUGAAUUCUCAGACAAUGGCUGCUUCAGAAAUGGGAAUCCAAGGGCUGAACUCUUUAAUUGUGGUUCUUUACAUCUAAGUAUUGCCUUGAUGCGAUUGAUGGAGUGAAUACCUCGCUGCCAGUACAUUUUGGCUUUAUGAAAAGGUAAGGCCAAUGACACCAGUACCACCAGGAACUCCCCUACCUGUGUUCUUAUGUUUUAGUAAGAUACACGUGUGGGUUUGUUAAUGUAUCAAAUGCAUCGCACUGGUUGUCAAAGCCUGGCAAAGGCAGUGGGGAGAGCAGCCUUGGAUCAGGUACGUCAUCUGCUUGGCGCUGGUUCAACUGCAGGGAAACAGUGGCUGGGCCUAUAGGGAGCCUAUGUGAGCUCUGCUUGGGUUAAAGCGCUGACAAAGACCAUCUAAAAGACCAUCCAGUGAAUGUUUCUGGAUGUAAGCAUGUGAGAUCCAGCCCCAAAGUGCUCUGCAUACAGCUCCAGGCUAUAAAGUAAUCUAAAGAGAGUAAAAGGGUGUUGACAUUUCAAGGUGUGGUAACAUCCUUGCUGUUAAAAAAACCCUCUCAUGUAAUGAACCUCUGUAGCUCUCCCUUCCAGCAGACCCCUGGCCCUUGCAUUGAUCCAACUUAGCAUGGUUGUGCCACAGUGUCAUAAAUAGGUGGUAGCAAAGCCCAAAUUGGAGUCCAGAUACUUGUUCUGGAAUGUCUGCAGGGAAUGGAGCACAUCCCUUUGAUCACUGCGUUCCAUCUUUGAUCAACUACAAUACCUUCGUUCAAUGAAAACACACACUGUUGGGGACAGCAGGAGGCAUGAAAACAAUGUCAUCUAUUGCUGGGUCUGCUGUUCAGGUUGAUCAAUCCCUGAUGUCCCUACAAGCUCCAGUAACACUGCUCUUGGAGUUGGUGGUAAGCAAAGAUGUCUUAGCUCAAGAGCUUUAAACCAGGCAUGAAACUGGCUUUUUCAUCUCCAUUAUAAAUACCUAGAGACAGAUCUUUAAGGGUGCUAAAUGGUAUUUUUUUUGUCCUUUGGGAAGAACAUUAAAGUGAUGCCUACGGGAAGAGGAAGGAGAGGGUAUGAUGAGGGUACAGGGAAUAAUCAAGUAGUGCUAUUAUACAAGUACACACGGGUGAAUUUGCUUUCUAAUCAAAGGGAUGUGGCUGUCCUAACUGGGCCUGUAUGACUGUCUAAAAUACAGCAGCUAUCAAUGUCCAUAUAUUCAUUCCUGAUCCACAAUACAUGCCAGAAUUCCUAUGGAUUUUUUUGUGCUACGCUUUGGGGAGAGCAUGCUAUUUAGAGGCACAGCAAGUAGCAACAGUCAUCAUUUCUGGAGCUUCAGGAAGCAAUGUAACACAUGAAUUCAUCACUAAACCCUAUCAAUAAAGAUUGGCUUUGAUGGAGUAAGUGGAGUGAGGGCACACAGCCCCUAUCCCACCAUGUAUUACUGUAUAUUGUACUGUGUAUCUGUAAUAAAUGGGGCUGUUUCCUGCACGACUUGCAGCGACAGAAUCCAAGUGGUGUGACAUGCAGCAUAUGUUGUGUAUCUAUAGGUGGGUUUGAGCCAAGUCUCACUGUUGAGUAAAUCAGAGUUAUAAUAUUUAUUUUGCUGUAGAACUAAAGCUGUUUGUCACACUU